AUGAAAUUAGGAUAUAAUGAAAUAAUGAUAACAUCAAUGUAUUUUAAUGAUAUUAAUGAUUUUAUUAAUUUAGAAAUAGGAAUUAAAAAAUUUCAAGGAAAUAUGGAACGAUUUCAUUUUAAUCCAAUUCCAUUAGAUGAAUAUUCAAGAAAAUUGUUUCCUAAUAUUGAAACAUUUCAUAUUUAUGAAGAAAAUGAUGAAAUAUUUAAUGAUAGAAAAAUAUUUAAAUAUGUAAUAUGGUAUUUAGUAAGUUAUUCAAAAUAUUUACAAGAGAAAGAAGCAGGAAAUAUCUGUAAAAAUAUAGAAUAUACAAAAGAAGAUAGAAAAUCAUAUGGAAAUAUAAUACCAUCAGAAGUUAAAUCACUUGGAAAUAGUUGUUUUAAACAUUGUUAUGAAUUAAGAUCAAUUAAUAUACCAUCAUCUGUUAGUAAAUUAGGAAAUGGAUGUUUUAAAUAUUGUUCAUCAUUAACAUCAAUUAAUUUACCAUCAUCAAUUACAUCAAUAGGAUAUAAAUGUUUUUAUGAAUGUUCAUCAUUAACAUCAAUUAAUAUACAUUCAUCAAUUACAUCAUUUGGAUGUGGAUGUUUUUAUAAAUGUGGAUGUGAAGAAGAAUUAAUGAAAAAUAAAAGAGUAACAAGAAAAUGUUUUGAAUGGUGGAUUCGAAUGUGGUAA